AUGUCCCGGGAGCCGGUCCCCACCGGAAGCCGUGCGCGUGCGUCGGCGCUCAGCGUGACGCCUGCCAGGUCAGGGGUCACGGGCAAGAUGGCGGCAGCAGUGACCUUCCGCCGGCUACUGGUCCUGCCGCGAGCCGUGCGGGCCUUCGGGGUGCGGGUGUCGCCGACUGGGGAGAAGAUCACGCAUACCGGCCAGGCUUAUGACAAUAAAGACUACAGGAAAAUUCGGUUUGUAGGUCGUCAGAAAGAGGUGAAUGAGAACUUUGCCAUUGACUUGAUAGCAGAGCAGCCUGUGAGCAAGGUGGGCCAGCGGGUGAUCGCCUGCGACGGCGGCGGGGGCGCCCUGGGCCACCCCAAGGUGUACAUAAACCUGGACAAAGAAACAAAGAUGGGAACCUGCGGCUACUGCGGCCUGCAGUUCAAGCAACAGCAUCACUAACCGCCUGGGCUCGAGGAGCAGGCGGGGCAUGCCUGGGUCUUGCAGGGCUCCUGGAGCUGAAUAAAGGACACGUACCCCACGCA